UUCAAGUCUGGUUCUGUUGAGAUGAAGGCCACUAUUUUGAUCACAUUGAUUGCUUUGUUGGGUAGCAGCGUUGCUUUGGACUUGUCCCGGGCUGGACCGCGUCCCAAGGUGCCAAGUCAACCAGCCAAGUUCGAUGCAUCCAAAUAUGAUCACAUUGUUGCUGAGACGCGUCCACUGGGCGUGAAAGAAAAUCAUCUUGUUGUGGACAUUGUUCCCCAUCAUCCGGAGCAGCAGAAUCAGCAUGUCGAUGUGGAGAUCAAGCAACCGACUCAACAUGUUGAUCUGGAGAUUAAGCAGUCUGAGCAGAAACCUCAUCAUUAUGACCUGACCAUGCAUUCUGGCCAUCAGCAGCAGAUGCAGCACCAUCCUGGUCUUGAAUUUGAGGUGCAACACCACAAGCCGGAGCAUCAUCAGGUCGAUGUUGAGUCCUAUCAUCAUCAUCAGCAGCAGCCUCAGCCGCAGCCUCCUCAGCGUGUCGAGCUGGAGAUAACGCACACUCAGCAGCAGCCUCAACAUGUUGAUCUGGAGAUUAAGCAGGUUGACAGGAAUCCUCAGCAUGUUCAGGUGGAUGUUCAUGGUGGCCAUCAUCAGCAGGAGCAGCAGAUGCAGCAUCAUCAUGGUCUUGAAUUCGAGGUCCAACAUCAUCUGCAGCCAGAGCAGAAGCCUCAUCAUGUAGAGUUGGAGUUCAAGCCCGUUGAACAGAAGCCACAACACAUCGCAGUCGAGCUAGUGCAUCCCCAGGAGUUUAAUGGCAUGCUGCCGCAUUAAGUGUUUGAGCAAGAAUAAAUAAAUAUAUGUCUCUGUGGCAGGCAGACAGCAGCCGCAGUUUGCAA